AUUCAUACUAUUAGUAGUAUUACACGGUUUUCCGACACGCGCUUCCUUCCGACCCUCUGCAUCGUCUAGGGUUUGGUCCUGCCCUUCUCGUCUCACAGGAUAUUAGGAGUUACAGAUCGUUCUAAUUAUACAGUCAUAUAUAUGUCGAGCAAGAAGGAAGAGAAAGCGCAGGCUGCAGCUGAACGGAUCAAGGCAGCGGCGCUGUCAGCUGCCAAGGGUCUUAGUCGGGCUCAAGCCGAGCGGGCUGCUGCUGCAGCAGCCCGAAAUGUGAAUGCCUAUGGGCAGAAGGAAGAAGGACCUAGCCGAUGGCAGGAAAGGAAGGAAGCAAAGCGCCAAAUGUAUCUGAUGAGCACAGAGAAAGCUGUCAAAUUGGGUGAAAGGAAGGAUAUCAAAUCUUCCGUUUCCUCUGCUGGUGUCACCUCGCAGUGCCAGAAGUGUUAUCAAGCUGGUCAUUGGACUUACGAAUGCAAGAACGAACGAGUCUAUAUUUCCCGGCCGUCAAGAACUCAGCAGCUCAAGAACCCGAAGCUGAAGAUGACCCUCUCGGUGUCGUAUGAAUUGGACAACCCUGACAUUGGGAAGGAAGAAAGGGAUGAAGGGCGUGAUAAGAAAGAGAUUGGGGGAAAGAAUGGCACAAAGAGCAAAAGAAAACACCGAUCUGGUACUGAUUCGGAUGAGGACAGCAGUGAGGCCUCCGUGUUUGAAACAGAUAGUGAGUCUUCAGUGACUGGUUCUGAAGACUCAUCCGGUGAGUCUAGCUAUAGCUCCAGUUCAUCUGAUUCAGAGGAAAGGAGGAGGCGGAGAAAGAAGCAUAAGAAAAGGAGACAGAGAAGGUACAGUUCGUCUUCUGAUUCGUCUGAGACCGAAUCUGCUUCGGACAGUGACUCUGAUGAGAAAAUCAGCCGGAGGAAGAGCAGGCGACACAGCCGUAGGCGUUAGGCUGAUUUCAUAGGAAUGGUGUGAAGAGUAGAUGGAAGCAAACUCGUCACAUUGGUGUCCUGAUGAUGUGCGAAAUAAGAGACAGUGUUGUCUUGGAUCGAAAGCAGUUUUAAGAUCAUAAAUUAUGUUGGCAACUUACAAUAUAGGUAUUUAACAUAAUUAAUUGGAGACUAGGAUGAAAAUUUAGGAAUAUUAAUCAUAUCGAAUACUGAUUUGAUGAUAAUUAAGAUAUUACAUAUAGAAAAGGUAUAGAUAUUAUUAUUAUUAUUAUUAUUAUAAAUAAAGAUGGCAAAGCAAUAUCUUAGAGAUAAAGAAAUAUGAAAUUAUUGUAUCUAAAAUUUUUAUUAGAAGAGGAGAUUUGAAUUGUUAUAAUAGGUGUCUAUUUCUGAUUAGAUGAUUGAUGAUCCAACCGAAAGGGAUCUAAGAGAAGAACAAAUGGGGUGAGUAAAUUUUUUUAAAUUGUUGUUAUAAUAUAUAUAACAAUAUGAUAUAUAUUGUUAUAAUAUUAUAUAUAUAUAUAUAUAUUAUAAUUAUUUUAUAGGUAUAAGCUCUUUAUUGCUAAAGUUGGGAGCACCCUUCCUUGGAUAUUGGUCUAACAGCAGAGAUCGACUUCUUCUUGUUUCUUCACCCAACAAAGACAUCGGUUUGCUGUCUUAUCCGGGGGGAAGCAAGCAAAUCCCUGUUCCCAUAUCCAAGCCUCUGCCACCUCGAUUUCUCGUCCCUGUUCCCAAAUCUCUCCUUUCGGUGGGUUUUCAUACCCCCCCCCCGACCCCCGAAGACGCCAUCCUCGUCCUCGUCGCAUGAUUCGCUUUCUUUCCCGGAUCCCCGUUCGUUGUCCUAAUGGUGUGAGGUCAGUUUCCAUUCGAGCCCACUCCCUCUCACCUAUAUCAACGCCGCUGCUCUUGUUCGUCUUCUAUGUGGUGUUCCUCGUAGCUUGCUCACUCAUCAUCAGGAUGACACGGAACCCGGCGCCGGCGGCGGAGAGGAGGCAGAAGCGGAAGCUGUCGAACCGGGAGUCGGCGAGGCGGUCGCGCAUGAGGAAGCAGCAGCGGUUGGAGUACCUGACCAGCACGGUGGUGCAGAUGAGGGACGAGAAGGCGCGGAUGGCCGAGCUGGCCGCCGGGGUGACCCAGCAGCGGCGGCUGCUGGAGUCGGAGAACAGCGCGCUCAGGGCGCAGGCGGUGGAGUUCGCCGAGAGGCUGCAGUCGCUGAGCUCGGUGCUCCGCCUGGUGGACGACGUCCGCGGGGCGGCCAUGGAGGACGUGUCGGAGAUCCCGCCGCCUGUUCCUGGGCUGUGGCAGUCCCCUCGCCCGGGCGUGCCCAUCUUGGCCUCGGCGGACGUGUUUGAGUGCUGCUGAGCUUACUUUGGAUUGUCUUUAUCGAUCCUCUCUUCCAUUUCUGAGUGCAGUUAGUACUUGAGAUAGGUUUCGUUGAUUUCACAAAGUUGACCUUGUUGACA